AUGGGCGAGACUAGUGAUGCUAAAAAGGAAAACGAAGAGAGAAAAUACAUGCCUGCUUUACAUUUCCCUCAAAGGAUAAAGCAUAAAAAAUUAGACAAGUGUUUUGGGCAGUUCUUGGAGAUGCUCAAACAAUUAUAUGUGAACACUCCCUUCAUAGAGUUGCUCACUCAAAUGACCGCUUAUGAAAUAUUCUUAAAGGAGAUGUUGUCGAGCAAAAGGUUGUUAGAAGAAACAACAAUGAUCAAGCUUAAUAUCCACUGCAGUGCCAUAUUGCAAAAUAAAAUUCCUCAAAAGUAUGGAGAUCCAAGAAGUUUUACCAUACCAUGCUUUUUGUGGAUUGAGAAGUUUGACAAGGCCUUGUAUGAUUCAAGUUCAUCUAUAAAUCUACUUUUCUAUUUUCAGAAACUUGAAGGUGAGAUUGGAGUGAUCAAGUCUAUACCAGUAUACUCGCAACUGGCUGAUAAGGCAACAAUCAUACCCGAGUAA